AUGGCUUGCAAAAUUUACGAGGAUGUUCUCGAAGAUGAAGUUGAUUGGGACGAGGCUACAAGGAGAGUGGAGGAGGGCGUGAAGCCGCCAAGCAGUAACCAUCGGGCGCUCUGCGAAUGCGGACGGCCCUUGCACCGCUAUGCCCGUCUGCCGACUUAUCAGACGUUCCUGAUGUGCAGCCCCACGAAGGAGUGCUCGCGCUGCGAGGGGGACAUCCUGGCGGGUGAGAUGCACUUCGUGUGCGCCCAUUGCCACAUCCCCGUCUGCAAGGACUGUGGCCCAUCGGUCUAUAUCCAUCGAGAGUAUGACUACCUCGACUACGAGACCGGAGAGGUGCAGGUGCAAGAGGUGCCGAAGCGCGUGAUCCAUGAGAGAAGGACUCGGUCGGCCCUCGAAGCCGAGGCGGCCUGCACCAAGGCGGCACGGCAGGUGUACUCCGAGCUCCAAAAGCUGGCACCCGAAGUGGCGCAGGAAGAGGAUGUGGAGCACAAUCGCUGGGAUUCCGGGAACGUGCUGUUGCGGCUACUAGGAGCGGAGAGCGAGGCUGAGGCGGCCCAGAGUGCGCUCGCCUUGAUCGACGGGUGCCAGCACGUCCUCGCGGCGCAGCCGUCGCUCACAGAGGUAGAGGUACCUUGCAAGAUAUUCGGCGACAUCCACGGGCAGCUGCGAGACUUGCUCCUUCUGUUCCACUCCUUCGGCAUGCCUGGGACCCAAGACUGCCCUCGCUGUGUCUUCAAUGGGGACUUCGUGGAUCGUGGCAAGCAUCAGGUGGAGACGGCGCUCGUCCUCUUUGCCCUGAAGGUUCUCUUUCCGACGCAGGUGUUCCUCAAUCGAGGAAACCAUGAGGACUCGACCAUGAACGAGAAGUACGGCUUCCAAAAGGUCAUUCUGCAAUCUUUCCCCGGCGAAGCUGGACACAGAGUCUAUGCCGCCUUCUCCCGGGCCUUUCAGUACCUUCCCUUCGCCUGCCUUGUGGGAGGCAAGGUCCUGGCCCUGCACGGUGGCAUUGGCGACGGUAAGUGGAAGCUCGACGAUGUGCGAAAGGUCCAGCGGCCGCUGAACCACAACCAGCUACAGGCGCCGGAGAACCGAGUCCUUUGGAACAUACUUUGGUCGGAUCCGAUCGAGGACGACUGCGCCGUUUCCAAGGUAUUUGGAGUGCAUGCUUCAGCACGCAGCAAAAUCGCUGUUCGCUUCGGCUGGAAUGUCACACAGGACUUCUGUGUCCGUAACGGUCUCGACCUUGUGGUGCGAAGUCACCAGUCGAAGAAGUGGGGACUCGGGUUCGACGUGAUGCACAAUGAGUCCCUCGUGCGAGUCUUCUCUGCUCGCGACUACGAGGGCAACCACAAUGAUGGCGCGGUGCUCCAAGUGGAAAAUGAAGAUGACUCCGGUCAUCUCGGCGUUCGGCCACAGGUGCUGCGGUCGUUAUCUUCCGCCUAG